AUGGUGGAAUUACAAAGACGAUUGAAAGCUGCAGGGGGUGGUGAGGUGUGGCAAUCUGAAGGGGUAGAAUUGAAUAGACGAAUGGGAAAUUCAAAUAGGUCCUUAGGGGACAUGUUUGGUAACACUUCACCUGACUACUUUCCCUUUGAGUUUAGGGCUCUAGAAGUUGCUCUUGAGGCUGCUUGUAGAUUUCUGUUGGCGGUGAUAGAGCUGGGGACUAGGGUUGGAAGUUAUGAUGCAAAAAGAUGUUUUAAUACUGUAAAGAAUGGUGCUAUAGAAUCCCUAAGUGUUUUAAAGUGUCAAAUACCUGGGCUAGACUAUGAUGUAUUUGUGAAGGGUUCAGGCCCACAUGAUAUUCAGUAUGAUUAUCAGCAAGACAGACCUCCUAAGGAGAUAAUUGUCAGCUAUCCUCAAUAUCUUGAAAGAGAUGGAUUAUAUAUUGGUCAAGGAACCACACCGAUGUCAAGGGCAGGAAUUUUUCGUGGAUUAUCAGGUCUUGGUGUGGAUAUAACUGAUAGAGUUUUUAGAUUAACAUCCUUUAAUGAUGUGAUGAAUGGGGACAUAUUUCUUCAAAACUUGCCAAGCAUCAUUACUGCACAUGUCUUAGAUCCACAAGAGGGAGAAAGAAUAUUGGACAUGUGUGUUGCCCCUGGUGGAAAAACAACUGCAAUUGGUUCCCUUAUGAAAGAUAAAGGAGAGGUGAUUGCAGUUGAUAGGUCUCAUGACAAGGACACGUUGGAAUCAUUGAGAAGACAUGGGAAGUAUCAGAAACGAUUGUUUGAUCAGGUUGUUCAGCUGGUUCGCCCGGGUGGAGUUCUUUUUCUAUUCCACGAUCCACCAGGAACAGGAAAAACACAAACAGUUCUUGGGCUUCUUAGUGCCAUAUUACAUACCAACUGAGUAUCU